AUUUGUUUCUCUUCGGACACAUUUACACGGCGCACCUUCACAAAGAAGCGCCGCAUUCUCACGUCUUCGCAAGUGUGGCUUCAUAGAUGGCGACUACAAAGGUUCCGGAGGUUCGUGAUAUCACACGGAUCGAGAGAAUCGGUGCACAUUCUCACAUUCGUGGCCUUGGUCUGGAUGAUGCUUUGGAACCAAGACAGGUGUCUCAGGGGAUGGUUGGCCAGCUGGCCUCCCGUCGAGCAGCAGGGGUCAUCUUGGAGAUGAUCAAAGACGGCCACAUAGCUGGCAGGGCAGUGCUGAUCGCGGGCCAACCUGGCACAGGAAAGACGGCCAUUGCAAUGGGGAUUGCCCAGUCUCUUGGCCCGGAUACACCAUUCACAGCACUGGCUGGCAGUGAGAUCUUCUCCCUGGAGAUGAGCAAGACAGAGGCACUCAACCAAGCUUUUAGAAAAGCCAUUGGAGUGAGGAUCAAAGAAGAGACAGAAAUAAUUGAAGGAGAAGUGGUGGAAAUCCAGAUUGACAGACCGGCCACUGGAACGGGUGCAAAGGUGGGCAAGCUGACUCUUAAGACUACUGAGAUGGAGACAGUAUAUGACCUGGGCAACAAGAUGAUUGACAGUCUCAGUAAAGAGAAAGUCCAAGCUGGAGAUGUUAUUACCAUCGACAAAGCCACUGGGAAGAUUAGCAAGUUAGGCCGUUCUUUCACCAGAGCCAGAGACUAUGAUGCCAUGGGAGCUCAGACACAGUUUGUACAGUGUCCGGAGGGAGAGCUGCAGAAGAGGAAGGAGGUGGUCCAUACAGUGUCCCUCCAUGAGAUUGACGUCAUCAACAGCCGCACGCAAGGCUUCCUGGCCCUUUUCUCUGGAGACACCGGAGAGAUCAAGGCCGAGGUCCGGGAGCAGAUUAAUGCUAAAGUGUGCGAGUGGAGGGAAGAAGGAAAGGCAGAGAUCAUUCCAGGGGUGUUAUUUAUUGACGAGGUCCACAUGCUGGACAUGGAGUGCUUCUCGUUCCUGAACCGUGCCCUAGAGACUGACCUGUCCCCAGUUCUCAUCAUGGCAACAAACAGAGGCAUCACUCGCAUUCGCGGCACAAACUAUAAGAGCCCUCACGGUAUCCCCAUCGACCUGCUGGACCGCCUGCUCAUCAUCGCCACCUCCCCAUACACCGAAAAAGAGACGAGGCAGAUCCUCAAGAUCCGGUGUGAGGAGGAGGAUGUGGAGCUGAGUGAGGAGGCUCACACGGUCCUGACUCGUAUCGGCAUGGAGACGUCGCUGCGUUACGCUAUCCAGCUGAUCAGCACCGCAGGACUGGUGUGUCGUAAACGCAAAGGAACUGAAGUUCAAGUGGAGGACAUUAAAAGGGUUUACUCUCUGUUCCUGGAUGAGGCCAGAUCAUCUCAGUACAUGAAGGAGUAUCAGGAUUCCUUCCUCUUCAAUGAAACACAAACUGCUGCCAUGGAUACCUCGUAAUGAAGACUGCUUUGGUUCCUUACUCUGUGAAGUUUUUAUGUUGAUCUUCACCUGUGUUUGGAGUCCAUUCAGAACAGAAUUUGAAUUCGACAUUGACUUGCAGUGAAGAUAGAGUCAAAAUGUAUCAAAUUUUCCUUAGUUUUCCCUCUGUUCACCCUUAAUUGCAUUCGUGCAGUUGUGCGAAUUCAAAUUUUUGCCCAUAAAUUUGAUUUAUUUCUGAAUUCACGACAGUUCUGUUCAUCGUUGAGGCCUUGUGGCAGGAAUAUCCAUUCCUUGAGUAUUUUUUUUUUGUUCACUUACCGUUACAUGGUUUAUUUUUAUGAAAAUUAAACUGGCUUUUGUAAGCAUGCUCAGA